AUGGAUAACUGGUUCUUUUUGGUGGUUUUGGCCCAUGUUGUGGUAGUUACAAGUGCAAGAAUUAUGCCAAUUGGAGAAAGAGUUUUAAAGAAUAACAAUGCCAAUGGUAUUGCUAAUGACGGUGGACUAUCUGAUGGACUAAAUGGAGGAGGUAAUGCUACAGGUGGUAGAAUAUUUAAUAGACAAAAUGGAGUCAGUAAUUCUACAGGUGGUAGAAUAUCUGAUGGACAAAGUGGAGAGGAUAAUGUUACUGGUAAUGGGCGACUUGGUGGAUUAAAUGGAGGAAAUAAUGUUAAUGUAGGCGGAAUAACUAGCGGACUAAGAGGAGGUAGUAAUUCUACUGGAAGUGGACUUUCAAGUGGACUAAUUGGAGGCGGUAAUGCUAAUGGAGACCGUAAUUUUACCGGUGGUGGAAUAUCUGGUGGACUAAAUGGAGGCAUGAAUGAUACUGGUGGUGGAAUAUCUAGUGGGCAAAUUGGAGCCAGUAAUGAUACUGGUGGUGAAAUAUCUGAUGGACAGAGUGAAGGCGGUAAUGCUACGAGUGGCCGACCCGGUGGAAUAAAUGGAGGAAAUAAUGCUACUGAUGGUGAAAUAACUAGUGGACUAAGAGGAGGUGGUAAUUCUACUGGUGGUGGGUUAGUCAGUGGACAAAAUGGAAGAAGUAAUGAUACUAGUGGUGGAAUAUCUAGUGGACAAAAUGGAGUCGGUAAUUUUAUUCGUGGUGGAAUAUCCGGUGGACAAAGUGGAGGAGGUAAUGCUAACGGCGGUGGCCUACACGGUGGACUAAAUGGAGAGACUAAUGCUACGAGUAGUGGAAUAACAAAUGGAAUAGGAGGAGGAAGUAAUUCUAUUGGAGGUGGACCUUCAAGUGGACUAAUUGGAGACGAUAUUGCGAAUGGAGGUGGUAAUUCUAGUGGUGGUCGAAUAUCUAGUGGAAUAAAUAGAGGCAGUAAUGAUAUUGUUGGUGGAAUAUCUAGUGGACAAAAUAGAGCUGGUAAUGCAACUGGUGGUGGAAUAUCCGGUAGACAAAGUGGAGACGAUAAUGCUACUGGUGAUGGCCGACCUGGUGGAUUAAAUGGAGGGAAUAAUGCUACUAGUGGUGGAAUAUUCAGGGGACAAAUUAGAGGCAGUAAUUCUACUAGUGGUAGACUAAUUGGAGGCGUUAAUGCUAAUAGAGGCGGUAAUUCUAUUAGUGGUGGAAUAUCCGGUGGACUAAAUUUGGGUAGUAAUGUUACUGGUGGUGAAAUAUCAAGUAGACAAAAUGGAGUAGGUAAUUCUACUGGUGGUGGAAUAUCUGGUGGACAAGAUGGAGGAGCUAAUGCUAUCGAUGGUGGCCGACCCAGUGGACUAAUUGGAGGGAAUAAUGCCAUUGGUAGUGGAAUAGGAGGAGGCCGUAAUUCUACUAGUUAUGGAAUUUCAAGUGGACUAAUUGGAGGAGGUAAUGCUAAUGGAGAUAGUAAUGAUAUUGGUGGUGGAACAUCUACUGGACAAAAUGGAGCCGAUAAUGGUAUUGGUGAUGGAAUAUCUGGUGCACAAAGUGAAGGCGGUAAUGCUAUUGGUGGGGGCCAGCCCGAUGGACUAAUUGGAGGGGAUAAUGCUACUGGUGGUGGAAUAAUUAGUGGAAUAAGAGGAGUUGGUAAUUCUACUGGUGGUGGACUAGCCGGUGGACCAAAUCGAGGAGGUAAUGAUACUGGUGGUAGAAUAUCUAGUGGAAAAAAUAGAGUCGGUAAUUCUACUGGUGGUGGAAUAUCCAGUGGACAAAAUGGAGGCGGUAACGCAAUUGGUGGUGGCCGAACUGAUGGACUAAAUGGAGGGAAUAAUGCUACUGGUAAUAGAAUAACAAGUGGACUAGGAGGAGGGAGUAAUUCUACUGGUGGCAGACCUUCAAGUGGACUAAUUGGAAACGAUAAUGUGAAUGGAGGCGGUAUUUCUAAUGGUGCUGGAAUAUCCGUUGGAAUAAAUGGAGGCAGUAAUUCUACUGAUGGUGGACCUUUAAGUGGACUAAUUGGAGGUUGUAAUGCGAAUGGAUGCGGUAAUUCUAGUGGUGGUGGAAUAUCUGGUGGAAUAAAUGGAGGCGGCGGUAAUUCUACUGGUAGUGGCCGACCGGGUGGACUAAAUGAAGGGAAUAAUGUUACCGAUGGAGGAAUAACUAGUGGACUAAGAGGAGGCGGUAAUUCUACUGGUGGUGGACUAAAUGGAAGCGGUAAUGAUACUGGUGGUGGAAUAUCUAUUGGAAAAAAUGGAGUGGGUAAUUCUACUAGUGUUGGAAUAUCCGGUGGACAAAAUCGAAGCAGUAAUGUUAUUGGUGGUGGUCUACCCGGUAGACUAAAUGGAGGGAAUAAUUCUACUGAUGGUGGAAUAACUAGUGGUCUAAGAGGAGAUAAUAAUUCUACUAGUGGUGGACUGAUUGGAGGCGGUAAUGCUAAUGGAGGCGGUAAUUCUACUGGUGGGGGUAUGUCUGAUGGACUAAAUGGAGCCAGUAAUGUUAUUGGUGGUGGAAUAUCUAUUGGACAAAAUCGAUUCGGUAAUACUAUUGGUGGUGGAAUAUCUGAUGGACAAAGUGGAGGCGUUAAUGCUACUAGUGGUGGCCGACCCAGUGAAUUAAAUGGAGGGAAUAGUUCUACUAACGGUGGGACAACUAAUAGACUAAGAGGUGGCAAUAAUUCUACUAGUGGUAGUCUUUCAAGUAGAUUAAUUGAAGACGGUAAUGCUAACGUUGGCGGUAAUCCUACUAGUGGAGAUCUAUCUGUUGGAAGCAGAAAUGAUACUGGUGGAGGCCAUUAA